AAAUUUUGUACUAACCAUAAGAACGGACCGCCUUUUACAUAACCCAAUCAUUCCGCAUAUUUCGUCCUGGGGUUGUGUAAGUGUAUGUGGUAGAGCGCUUAUAUAAGAUGUCUGAGUACCUUCGUCCAGCGUUUGCUAUAGUACUUCCAAAUCUUGGUGGUAUUGCUGGGGGUUUCUUUACGAGGAAGGCCAUCCCAGACUGGUAUGAGCACUUGAGGAAGCCGUCAUGGAGACCCCCAAACUAUGUAUUUGGUCCCGUGUGGACAUACCUGUACUCUUCCAUGGGCUAUGCCUCGUACCUUGUGUGGCGAGAUGGUGGGGGAUUUAGCGGAGAUGCCGCACUGCCUCUUGCCUGUUUCGGAACACAGCUCGCCCUCAACUGGGCCUGGACGCCGAUAUUCUUUGGUGCCAAAAAGAUGGGUCUGGCCACAAUCGAGAUUGGUGCUCUGUGGGGUGGAAUUGUGGCAACAAUUAUCACCUUCCAUCCCGUCAACCGGACGGCCUCGUACCUCCUCAUCCCCUACCUGGCAUGGGUCUCCCUGGCCGGCUGCCUCACGUACAACAUCUGGCGCAACAACAAGGACCGCACCGACUGAACAGUCAAGCCUGCCCUUACUCGUCUUUCCAGCGCUUUUACACUGUAUUAGAUGUAGAUGUAUUGUAAUCUCACAACAAAUGCUCACUUUACUGCCUUAUAUUACACUGUUCUCUUUCUGAAAAUAUGGGGCAGUUGGGUAGCCCAGUGGUUAAAGUGUUCACUCGUUCGAAGACCCGGGUCCGAUUCCCAACAUGGGUACAAUGUGUGAAACCUUUUUCUUGUGUCCUCCGGCGUGAUAUUGCUGGAAUAUUGCUAAAAGCGGCAUAAAACCAUACUCACUCACCCACUAUUUAAAGUGCAGGUCACUAUUAACAGUGAUAGUUAUGAAUGAAUGUCCCCAUUAAAGUAAUCCCUGCGGUACAUGGGGGCGCUUCAGUAACCCAUGCUUGUCAUAAAACGUGACUAUGCUUGUCAAAAGAGGUGACUUACAGGAUCGGGUGGUCACGUUCACUGUCUUGGUUGAUGCAUUGCGUUGUAUCCCAAGGUAGAUCGAUGCUCAUGAUGUCAGUCACUGGAUGGGUCUCGUCCAGACUGGUACAUUUACAGACCGUCAUAUGAGUGGAAUAUUGCUGAGUGCAGCAUUACAGACGAAUACAUGAGAUAAGCAAUAAUGCUGUGUUUGUUGUAUGUGCUGACCAUGCUUGUUGUAAGAGGCGACCAACGGGAUCGGGUAGUCCGGCUCGCUGACUUGGUUGAUGCAUGUCAUCGUAUCCUAAUUGCGUGGAUGGAUGCUCAUGAUGUCAAUCACUGGAUUGUCUGGUCCAGACUCGAUUAUUUACAGACCGCCGUCAUAUAGCUGGAAUAUUGCUGAGUGCGGCAUAAAACAACAAACCAAACCAAAACCAAAACCCUACCCCAGACCAGUGGUAGCCAUGGUCUGAGAAACAGUGUGUGAGGACAAGCUGACGGGAGAUUACCAGCAGUCAGAAGAGGGGAGCAACCCAGCCAUAUCUCCUACUCAACUCACCUCCUACAGGUCCAUGUGCCAAGAACCCAAUAUUUUCUGUCCAAGAAUGUGAUAACACAUGAAGGCAUUGCUAACUGUAACUCUAGUCACACCAAGUCACUAUUCUAUUGGCUAAUGAUCAAUACUGCUUGUCAGCAACAUAGAACAACAUGAUCCUCAAAAAUACCCUAAGCUAAACCUGUUGAUAAUUUAUUUAAUCUUAAAAUAAUCAUUUUUCAGUUAUAACCCAAUAUUAACAUGAUGUGGGCUUGUGUUUCUAUGACAUAAUGUAUGUAUCUUACGGUCUUAUGCAACAUUGUCUUACAUUUCUCCCUUCCUUCUUAUCUUCUCCUCUGCCCCCGUCCCCCUCUCAUUAUGUGGAUACACCAAUUUCAAGUUUCAUUUUAUUUAUAAGUCAAUUCAGGGACACUAUCCCAUAAAACAAAUGUCAGUUUUCAUGAAAAGGGGGAAAAAACAGUUAUAUCCUGGUGCUUAAAACUAUUAUUUCUUGUUGAUGUGGAGAGUUCUGAAAAUGCUUAUGAUAUGAAUCACUAUAUCUCCAAGUAAUUGGUCAAUCCAAGGCUGGCUUGUAUAUGUAUGUUGAGAUCAAUUUAAGAAACAAAUUUAACUUCAUAUUCAUCAUAGUGUUUAAUGUGAUUUUGUCCCUGUGAGCUGCAAAUACUCCUGUGUUUAGUGACAUAGUGUUACGAUUGAGCAUGUAGAUUGUUGUUUUUUAUUGAUAUAUUGGUAACCAAGACAUUAUUUAUAUGAAACUAAUUUUUUUUUUUUGUAGAUUUAUUUUAUAACUGCUUACACACAGCAAUACCUAUUGCCAUUCAUGUACUCAACAAGUUCAUUACAGCAAAAUAGAAAGUUUUGUUUUGAAGUAUUUGUUUUACUGGCAUGUUGUGAUCAGUAAUAGUAAUAUAACUGUUGACCUAGCGUCUCACAGGCAGUUUGGGUUGUAUACUCCCCAGGGAGCAGAUAAAUCUACAAAAGUCUACACACUGAUCCAUUAACUGGUAAUAAUGCACCGCUUUGAGCAUUCAUGGAGUGGAAAUAUAGAGCAAUAUAUAUGGCGGCAUUAUUAUUAUUAUUAUUAUUAUUAUUAUUCCACUGCCACAAAUGUUACUUAUAAGAAUGUGCCUUAAUCUCAUUUUGUGAGGAGUAGUUAUAUCUUAUCACUGGAUACUUAAAGUCAGUCAAAAGUAUGUACUGGAGCUUGUUUUAUGUUUGUUGGUCAGAUAGGAAUAAAAUAUUUUAUGUAUGGUA